GUCGACGAGGUGGACGCAAUAGUGUUCGCCCAAUUGCGGCGCCAAGUGGCCACUGCCAAAGAUGUGGCCCUUCUGACUGCCGCAAAGACGGUGUACCAACUCUUGCGCAACCGCUGGGUUGCAGUGGUGCCACUGCCUCCAGUUGCGGAGUCGGAUCCUGAAGCUGCCGAUGGGAUCGAAGCUCCGACAGCGUUCUGUGGAAUCCAAACCAGGUUGAAACUCUGGCAGGAGCUUGGGAACCUGUUGCUGGACCUUCCACUGCUCCCACUGCUUCUGAUUGUGAUCUUCAGCCUCUGGCGGGCAGAUCUGGUUUUGCAGCAAUGCUGGAGCGCUGAAGACAACUGCCAACGACGGAAAGCGGUGAUCCUGCAAUUCCUGGAAUUGCUGCGAGACGUGCUGGGAUUCUUGGCACUGCUGGUGGUGUGUAUCACAUUGCUACGAAUGCCGAAGGUGCUUCUGGACAUCUAUUCUCAACGUGCUCGUCGAACAACUGGAGAUCCGCGCUUCACCCUGCAAGGAGUGUCACUGCGCUCGGGCGGGGAUGGCGACCAGCGCCUCGCGGUGCAGGCUGAAGGACUACAGCUUGAAGCGAGAGACCUCAAGGACAUCGGAACCAUUCGCAUUAACGUCGUCUCAAAGAGCUUCUGGGAAGAGAUCUCGCGCGUGUUUGGCGCAUCGGUGGCGAGUUUGGGGAAAGCCCUGCUUCCAUUCACCUUGAAGGAUGGAAAACAUGUGAAAUACAGCGACUUUUACCCCCAGCAGGCCAGCAUCGAAUUGCGUCUGGGCGGCCGAGAGUUGAAAUCGAAGCUGCUUCAGCUGGAAGGAUCUCUGACCUUUUGCGUUCAGCUGGAGCAUCGAUCGCCACGUGGAAGCGAGGAGGUUUUGGCGCGGCUACCUAUCCCUGCCAGGCUGCUGCAGCAAGCGGUGAACCAACCUGGAGAGACGGUGCAAGUGCCACAGGAGUUGCUGACGGUUUCUCCAGAAAGUGUCUGUGGAGAUUUGCUGAGUGGCGCAGGGAUUCGCAACGCUAUGUGGCUAAGCGAGUUUUGGCAGUUGCUCCUGGACGUGGCGCAUUUGCUCCUCUUCCUAUGUCUAGCACUGGCCCCAUGGCGCUUACUACAGUGCGUCUACUUUGCGUGCCGCCCUUCGCAGGUGUGGCGUGGCACCUUAGCACGUCAGCUGUCAAGCUUGCUGCUUGUGAAAGAGGCUGAGUUGAUCCGAGGGGCCAUGUUAAAAAUCUACCGUCGAGAACUGGAACCGUUGCUGAAUGCUGCCGCUAAGGAUCCACCUUUCAGGACUUCGGAAAAGCUUCGAGAGGUGGCCGCCAAGCUGCUUGGCCGGCUGCCCAUGCCGGGCAAAAACGGUGAGAUGGGACUGCUGUCAGAGCUACAAGCCUCAAACGAUGAAGUGGCUAUGGCUUUUGUGGAGAAAGUGAAAAAUUACUCCUUCUUGCAGAACGCUGUGUCCAGUUACUGGCCUGGCUUGACACUGGGUGCAAACCUACUAUUGCUCAAGAAGUCCUUCAACCCACAGGAGCAUGCGCUGUCUUUGGAAAAGAUCGCCAGUGCUCAAAGCCGCGCUGACGACUUGUUAUUGACCUUGGCAGCAGAAGUGCAGGCUGCCAGCGUUGAAUUCCACAGCCCCAACGAUGCCGGUCUUCUGAGCAGUGCAUGUCGAAAGCCGUUGUCCGAACAUAGGCGAUUGGUGCAGAUCUUUGCUUGUGAAGUUUUGAAGGACUAUGGAACUUUGCUGCUGGGCUUCCUGCUGCUGAUCUCCGUCUACCGCUUGCCCGCCGUUGUUGAAGGUCUACGCCAGGAACGACAAGCAGAUUUCGUGCAGCGGAUGAGGAUCGUGCUGGGCUGUCAGGUGAGACUCUUUAUGUGGGAUUUGUGGAUGCUCUUCACGGCGAUUUUAGCAAGUCUCUUAGCCAUCGUCACAUUGGUUCGCGCCCUGGAGUUCCUGCGGACAGCGUUCCUUCAUUGCGAAAGCCUCGAGGAUUUAAGGAGAGAGGCAUGGGAUGCAACCAAGGAUGCCCUCAACAGCAUUGGAGAGCUGUUUAUCCUCUUGACUUUCUGGGACAGCUACAAGACGCUUGUGUAUGCGAGCAUCUUCGCUGUGUUGCUGCCUGCGUGGGGCCUAACCCUGCUGCCGAUUUGGAUGCGUAUUGUGCUGUGGUUAGCUUUGUGUUUCUUGCCUUUCCUUCUACCUUCGGCUUCGUACGCAUUGUGGACCUUCGCAGUGGUGGUGGCCAUGUUUUUUCUCAUCGCCCUCGUGAAAAAGGGUUCGGGGAGUGGUGGUGUACCUGCACACUUGAAAACAAUGCGAGUUUCAGGCAUGAAUGUUUUGGUGCUCCUUUCCAUCUUUGCGGAUGCAGCGCUAUUGUCCUCAUUGACGUACCUGGAACCAGUCCUGCAGAUGGAGCUAUGCUUCUACAUAGCGACAGGCAUCACUAUUGCUUGGUUGGUGGUCAUGUCGAUGCCUCAUGCGAUGUCUUCAGAUCAAAACUGUUUAAAGUCAGGGAAAUUUCAUGUGGCACUGCAACUCUUGCGGCGAUGUUUGUUACCUGCAGCCGUGGUCUUAUUGAUGCAGAUGGAUGGUGAAUUUUCUCGUGUGGCCUGCCUUCUGUUGGCGUUUCUGUCCUUCACAUCUGUGCUGGGGUUGGACCUGCUUUCGCAAGACCAUCUACCUGAUGCGAUUGGGCUGGACCUCGUUCAACCUCCUGCCUUCUUAGCGGGUCUCAUUUUCGUGCAGAUGGUCUUUACCGCAGCCCAGAAUAUGACCAGUAUGUGGCCACAAUGCGCUGCUGCAGUCUUGAUGCCUGCAUGGGUGAUGGUCUUUCAAUGUCUCGGUGGUAUUGGCGGGCCACUUUGGGUGCUGCCACUUCAAUUGGGGACAAGUACAGUGGUCCUUUGGUCGGCCUUGGUUCGAGCCAUGCCGGCAAUGUCCGCAGUAGGAGGCGCUGCAGUGGUGACACUAUGCGCAGUCAUUGCGAUGCUCCUCAGCGAGUGUCUGGCACAAAGAAGACGACGUGAAGCGAUGGAAAAGGCUGGCGUUGCCAAGGUCUUGCGCCAAAUCCUAGACAAGCUCACCAAGAAGGGUAUGCAGCUGGAAAAUCACCACACACCGCAAAUCUGCGAUACGCUGAGUCCGCAGUCAGUGGCGAAGGAACUCCAGGCCUUCGAGGAAUCCACACGGAUGGAAGGACUUAGCGUUUCCUUUCUGCAGAACCGAAAGGAAUGGCUGGCCACCUUGCGCAGAGGCCGGAACGACUACGAAGCUCGAAAAAAAUCAUGGGAAAUGUUGGACUCGAUCUUAAGAUGA